GGAGGGGGAGAGGGGGUGAGAGAGGAGGUGACUCUCCGGCAGCAUUUAGACACAACGAAAGGAUCAUGGCGGAUGGCCCCAGGUGUAAGCGCAGAAAGCAGGCGAACCCGAGGAGGAACAACGUGACCAACUAUAGUGAUGUGGUGGAAGCCGGCUCAGAAUCAGAUGAUGAAGACAAGCUGCACAUUGUGGAGGAGGAAGGCAGCCUGGCGGACGGGGCCGAAUGCGACAGCACCCUGCCAGAAGAAGAGCACCCCAGGGAGCGCUGCUGGGACGGAGUGAAGGAGGAUUGUGUGUCGGACGCUGAGGAUGAUGGGAGCACGGACGCACUAAUGGAGGAGAUGCUCCAGCAAGGAGACACGGCCGUCAUUUACCCAGAGGCCCCAGAGGACGAGCCUCAACGCCAGGGCACCCCUGACGCCAGCGUCCACGAUGAAAAUGGAACUCCUGAUUCCUUCUCUCAGCUGCUCACCUGCCCGUACUGCGCGCGUGGCUACAAGCGUUACAGCUCCCUGAAGGAGCACAUCAAGUACCGGCACGAGAAGACCGAAGAGAGCUUCAACUGCCCCGAGUGUAGCUACAGCUUCGCAUACCGCGCUCAGCUGGAGAGGCAUAUGACGGUCCACAAGGGCGGACGGGAUCAGAGACACAUCACACAGUCGGGAGGCAAUCGUAAAUUCAAGUGCACUGAAUGUGGCAAAGCAUUUAAAUACAAGCACCACCUGAAAGAGCACCUACGCAUCCACAGCGGAGAGAAACCGUAUGAGUGCUCCAACUGCAAGAAGCGCUUCUCUCACUCAGGCUCAUACAGCUCCCACAUCAGCAGUAAGAAGUGCAUCAGCGUCAUCUCAGUCAACGGCAGAGCGCGCUUGGGGAACGCCAAAACCCAGACCCAGGCUCCAUCUCCAGGGCUGUCCACGUCACCAUCAGCCCUCCGCACCCAGAUGCAGAAGAUGGAGCACAGCAAGCCACUGCAGGAGCAGCUGCCACUCAAUCAGAUCAAGACUGAGCCUGUGGACUAUGAGUACAAGCCCACAUUGAUGACAUCCGCAGCAAUGGCCGCUAUGAACGGUGGGGUUUUCAACGGAGGUACUGCAUCUCCUCUGCAGGGCACGGUGCAGGCUGUGGUCCUUCCCACGAUGGGGCUGAUGUCACCCAUCAGUAUCAACCUGGCCGACCUGCAGAAUGCUCUCAAAGUGGCGGUGGACGGAAACGUCAUUCGCCAGGUUCUGGAAAGCAAUGCCAAAGGUCAGCUGCAAAUGCACUCGGGACUAACCACUGGAAUGCUCCAUCCCACACAGCAGCAACUCAUCUCAGCCAUCAGUCUGCCUAUUGUGGGUCAGGACGGAAACACAAAAAUCUUUAUAAACUACAGUUUGGACCCCAACCAGGGCCAGCUCACAGCCCAUAACAUGAAGAAAGAGCCCGAGGCAACCUCACUAGGCCAGAAACUCCCAGAGGAUCUAACCAUCAAAGGCUCCCGGCUCAAUGAGACUAAAGAAAAAGAGGAAAAGACCACUAAAACCUGCCUCCUGUGUGAUAACUGUCCCGGUGGGCUGGAAUCACUCCAUGCCCUCAAGCACUGCAAGGAUGGCCUCAGGCUGAACGGUCUGGAUAAGUCUGAGUCUGCUGUGGCUGCCUUGCUGUCAGAGGGCGGGCUCUGUAACCAGCCCAAGAACCUCUUGUCCCUGCUCAAGGCUGUGGCCUUAAAAGCAGAGCCCACCAAGGAUGAGCUGGCCAAGAUCUCUGACUCAGUCAGCCUGCCAGCGCAUGUGGUAAAGAAGUGGUUUGACAAAAUGCAAGAGGGUCAGAUAUCACUGGGUGCUCCAACACCUCCCUCAGAGGAAGAAGACACCUGUGAAGCUAACAGUGUGGUGUCCCUGGUCCAAGGGAAGGACACGUGCCCCUCUGUGACCCAGGACAGCCCUACAGAAGCCACUCCAGCGGAGUUCAACGGCGCCCACAGCUCGCCGGCCUCUCCCUCACCACUAAACCUGACAGCUGGCGGUCCCGUCCCAGCCCAGCCUUCCCAGAGCACUGAGGGACCCCUAGACCUGUCACUGCCAAAGCCCGCCGGAGGGGGAGCAGAGAGAGCAGUGGGUAAAGCCUGCGUUAACGCCUCUCCUUCCCUCCGCUCUACCCAUGUGGAUGAACCCCUAAACUUAACUUGCACAAAGAAGGAGGCAUCGCCACUCUUAGCCAUGGGCGCCAGCCACAUCGCACUGUACGCCAGCCAGCAAAGUGCCAAACCCCUCAACAUUGUUACCACAAUGCAAUGCCUAAGGGCACUUUCCACUAACAACAAACAGACUAUCCUGAUCCCCCAGCUGGCUUACACCUAUACCACUACAGCAAACAGCCCUGCUGGGACCCAGACCCAGGAAACCCUCCACCUCAACGGAAUAAAGGAGGAGAAGAUGGACCCAGGCUCAGAUGGUAUGUCCACCGUGGAGGAGCAGAACGACUCCGACUCGGGCCCACAGAGGAAGAAGAUGAAGAAGACGGAGAGCGGCAUGUACGCCUGUGACCUGUGCGACAAGAUCUUCCAGAAGAGCAGCUCGCUGCUGAGACACAAAUACGAACACACAGGGAAACGACCUCACGAGUGCGGCAUCUGCAGCAAGGCCUUCAAACACAAACACCACUUGAUCGAACACAUGCGGCUCCACUCAGGAGAGAAACCCUACCAGUGCGACAAGUGCGGCAAGCGCUUCUCCCACUCGGGAUCCUACUCCCAGCACAUGAACCACCGCUACUCCUACUGCAAGAAGGAGACGCCGGGUCAGGGCGAGGGCCGCGAAAGCCCCGAGAACGAGGCGGAGGCCAGAGCUGAGAUGGAGGCGCUGAGCCGGCUGCAGCAGCUCCUCGCCCCCUCGCAGCUAGACUUGGACGAGCGAGGGAGCAGCACCAGAGACGAAGAGGAGAGCGAGGAGGAGGACGGUGCGGUGGACAUGGACGACAUCCAGGUGGUGGAGAUAGGGGACGAAGGAGGGGAUGAGGAAGAGAGGAAUGAGGAGAGGGUAUUAGUGGAGGGAGGAGGAGAUGAGGAGAAGACAGAGAUGGAGGUGGCUGAGGAAGAAGAGGAGGAAGACACAAGGCAGGCGGAGGUGCUCGGGAGCAUUCAGGAAGAGGAGGAAGUCGAGAUGCAGGAAGAGGAGGCGAUGGAUACGGAAGAAGGAGUGACGGAAGAGGGGAAAGAAGAGGAGCAGGUCACGGAGGAGAGCGGAGGAGAAAAAGACAGUGAGACGGUUUCUGAGGAGCAGAAGGAGAUGCCGGAGGAGGAAGGAGACUAAAAGAGGAAUCAGACUCCUCAAUGGGACACAAUCAGAUUCCUCCUCAUGUGCAGAGGAAGAACGCAGGAGAUGAUGUCUGGUCACUCUGACAGUCCGUUUCAGUUCACUACUGUGUAGAAAAUCCAGGUGUGCCUGAAAAAAAUACUAGUGACUUUUCCGCAGGAGAGCGAUUUCUCCCUGUAAGAAAAAUCAAUUUGUAAAGAAAAAGAUGAAGACGAACACAAAUUUUAACAAAUGAAGGAAAUGCAUUAUACAGACUUUGGAAGCUAGAGCCGACAUGUUUUAGAUAAUGUUUUAUUACUAAAACACCUUGGGUCAUUUCUUUUUAUCAGUGUUACUAAUUUUAUCACUCAUAUUUUAACCUUUAAAAGCUGUACAGUUGGGAGAUAUUUCUAUACCUUUUUAUUGCCAAUGAACAAAAAAAAGUCAGUAUUUUAUUAAGUUGGAAGGAAAAUAAGAAAAAUCCUGUGCACUACAAGUGGCUUGGUUUACCUAUGGAUUAAGCAGUUGUGUUGUCAGCCCUUCAGUAUUACCGCACUAGAUAUACCACGCCAUCAUGCUAGCAGAAGUUAGCAUUUUGUUUCUUUUUUAUGUUCUUUUAAUUGGAUUGUGAGCCUUAAGAAGAAAAAGUGGAGGGAGGUGUCCUUUUCAGUCAUGUACUUCCAUUUAGACUAGACUCAUCGUUUCAUUUUACAAAUCAGUGUUUUUUAAAGGUAAUAGUUUGACAUUCGGGAUAAUAAAGGUAUUUUCUUGACUUGUUGAGAGUUAGAUGAGAAGAUGAUGACCACAUUCUGAUAACUAUACCAUACGGCUACAGCCAGGUGCCGCUUAGUUUAGCUUAGCUUACCAUGAGGAACUGAACAAGGGGGAAACAAAGAAUAGUGCUUUGAAGCAUAUUUGACAUAGUGGCCAAACUGUGGAACUACAACAUGUCUCCAUAGGCUUACACAGGGAAAGAGACGUUUGUAAUCUUUUCCUAAAAGUUGUAAAAUCCACUAAUAGCCAAAUGCAGAGUUACUUUCUGUGAUUGAGCCCAAGACAAACUAUGGGAGGUUGGUUUUAACAAAGCGCUAUUGCACUUUUUACUAAAGGCCCCAUAGAUGUGGAAGAGCCGGGUAAUAUUAUACUUCAAAGUCACUUUUUAUGGGCUUUAUUCACUACUAAGCUUCUUUCAAAGGAAUCAAAUAUCCAGAUGUCCUUGUACAUCCAAAACAACAAGCUAAAGCUAAAUCUAACGUGGCUAAAUCAAAUCAAAUCAAGUUUUAUUUAUAUAGCACAUUUAUAAACGAUUUUGGUCGAGCCAAAGUGCUGUACAUAUAAUAAAAAUAGCCUACAGUAGAGACACUUUACAGCAAAUACAACAGCACAGAUUGUUCAGAAUAUCAGUAUGAGAAAAACGACACCCUCUAUCCUUAGACCCUCACAUCGUACAAGGAAAAACUUCCGGAGAAAACCCACAGUUUAAGGGGGGGAAAAAAGCUAGCAGUCACUUCCUAUGUAUCCACUACUUCCCACUCCAGUCCAGCAAGUGGCAGUAAUGCAUGCUGGACUAUUUGUGACUUCCAGACAAAGCAUGGCAAGCUAUUUUCACCUAUCUUUAGUAUUUGCGCUAAAUAAAGCUAAUCAUGUCCUGGCAAUAGCUUCACAUACAGUGGUACUGAUCUACUCAUCUAAUUCUCCUGUAGGAAGCACAUAAGCAUAUUUUCUUAAAAUGUCAAACUAUUGCUUUAAAUGUUUAGAGCGAGCAAAAAAGGGUUGUAGAAAAUGUUCUGACCCUCCCUAUGCCUACCCCGUACUCCGAGCCAUAUGCAAAUAAUCAAACUAAAACAAGACAAACAUGCAUAUCAAAAGUGCCAUUGAAUAUUGCUGUUGAAGCUUAGAAGCUAUGAUCAGGUAUUCCUAGAUCAACCAAUAAAGCCACCUAACCUGUGAGAGAAGAGUUUAGCCAACAGAUUUUAGAGAAGUUGCUUUAAUUUCUAAUCUGAGCAGCUAAAAGAAUUACAAUGCACAUUUGUUCAAAUGGAUGAUUAUGAAGUAUUAUUUCUAAUUAUUAACCGUGUCCUGCCUUUUCAAAGCUUAUUCAGUGCACUUGUUUAACACCAUGAAAUGCUCAGAUGUCUCUUCAGGUAACAAAAUGUAGGCAAAUAAGAAUCCCAGGAGUUCAAUUCAACAACCUUUUUACCUGUCAGUAUUAUUUUUUGUCUCUUAAAUGUUUUAUGUUCUGUUUUGUUGUGUGUGUACUGUAUGUUUUCAGCAAUAGCAGUAUUAUCCCCACCCAAAGGAGAUGGGUAUGUCUGUUUAGUCAUAGAGAACUUUUAUAUUUAUGUCUUAUUUUUUAUAUUUCUUUAUGGUUAUUUAUUACACUAUGUAGUGUACAAUACUGUAGUUUGUAUUAAUACGAUAAUAUAUUUUAGUAUGGACAAAAAAAGAUUCAAAGGCAAAUAACUAAAAGCCUAGACAAAUGAGACUCCAGCAUACUGAAGUAUGUUUUUCGAACGAAUAAAAUGAAGUUUUCCCUUGGGAAAAAAAUUGCACCCUGCAAGCCUGAACAUUUGAACCUGUGACCUCUGUGCAUCCAUUGUCAUGUUAAUUUUCUUCCCCCCUCUCUAAUAUGAAGCUACUGAACUUUUGAAAACUAAUCGUAUGUCUAAUAGCAUGAGUGUGGGCUGUUUUAUUGAAGGAAUAUCCUUAACGACACAAACUGUCCUUUUUGCCAAGCCAAAAUAAUAUUGACAUUUGUUCUUAUGUUUUUAUUUGUGCCAAUUUGUUACUUUAUAUGUCAGUGUCAAGACCACGCCCACUUUUAUAUGCCCUUCCCCUUUUAACACCCUCAUCUUUUUUUAUAGUGAUUGUUUUUUGUUUGUUUUCCUUUUUUUUGUUCAUUUUUUAUGACUCCCCAUCUCACAAUAAAAUACAUCAAUUACAAGCUG